AUGCAAAAAUAUGAUGGAAGAGUUAAGACAAAGCUAGUCCCUCACAACUCGGCCAUCCGAAACGGAUCCGUUCGCGAAUGGGCAUGGGAGCCAUCUCUCGACCUCCAGCUGCAUCCGUAUCCGGUCCGUUCGCGAACUCCGUAUCCUGGCCGAUUGCGAAUGUUGAAAAAACGAAUCCGUUCGCGAACUCAGAUUCGCGAAACUGCCCGUAACGGACCCGUUACGGAUAGAAAACCUAGUGGACACCGAAACGGAUCCGUUCGCAUUUUACCUGUGUUCUAUCUUGCUGAUUCUUUAGACUACAAUACACUAAUUAAAAUACUAGGAAUUGUGUCUUUACGCAGUAAUAGAGUACUAUUUUGUUUAUCUCUUAUUCACAUUGUUAGUAUUUAG